AUGCUGCCAACCACAGCCUUCCUCACAUUCACCGUGCUGAUGGCCAGCGCCCUCGCGGGCCCCAAUACAGGACCCGCGGCUGGUGUCGACGGCUCGCUCGCCCUUCGCGACGCAGAGCCGCUCCCCGACAAUGCCGUUGCGCAGGCUGCGUGCAAAUGCCGCAAGGGCACCAAACAGGGCCAGUACUGCGGAUACUGCUAUGAGGUUCUGUCGCCGUGGGUGGCGGACAAUGUGUAUGAGUGUAAUAAGGAGGGCGGGUGCUACGAUUAUAAAUAUAGGAAAUCGUGUGCUAAGCGGGAGGGACCGUGUGGCUGA